CCUGCUUUAGAUGCAUUACGGUAGCGCAGCAAACUGUCCCCCCGCAACUCUCUCUCACACACACACACACACACACAUACACACACACACACACACACGGUCACACACUCGUAUACACAUACACAGCCUGAGUGAUUCAACCCUGAUUUCCAGCGAACGAGCGAGCAACAGACGGGAUGCCAAAAAGUGGAGCCCGGCGGAGAGGUCGCGCGCGCUGAGUGAGCGUCUUGGACAGAUAGCGGGGGAAGCAGAAGCAACUAAAAAACACACCGAGGAGCCGCGGCUGGUCGCUCCGCGGCAACUUGCGCACAGUGCCAGAGUUUUAGCGGCUGUAUUGUUCUGACUUCACUCCAGAGGGGCCACUCCGAGGAGAGAGGACGCACACAAAAGGGGGAAAGGAAAGGACUAACGAGCAACGCUUUGUCGCUUAAAGUAAUGGUCCUGCGGUCUUAGAUCCUAGAUCUCUCUGUCUCUCUCUCUCCUCUUGUUUCUUUCAUUUUUUUUUUUUUUUUUUUUUUAAUUUUUUUAUCGUCCCGUCGGUUUGUGUCCCCCCUUUUGUCGCCGUGAGAGAGUGGACGCGCCGGGGGUUUGAGGAGCAGAAGCGGACUGUCCACAUGGUCCAACCACUGGCGUGAAAGUUGACUUCUUCAGAAACCAAGAGAACAGGUGCCAGUGAUGAUGGUGGAAUCAGCUUCUGAGACCAUCCGAACGACACCGUCCAACCAGAACGGAGUCAGCAGCCUCAGCAGCCAAUCAGACGCGGGAGGAGGUAGAGAGGGUGGGUCCAACGGAGACACCAAUGGAGAGAUCAGCCCAGUCGACCUACUGCACCUGCAGCAGCAACAGGCGCUCCAGGCAGCCAGACAGUUCCUUCUCCAGCAGGCCUCUGGUCUGAACUCUCCUGGCAACAACGAGGUCAAGCAGAGCCCUGUGCAGGUGCCUGUGUCCAUGGCCAUGAUGAGUCCUCAGAUGAUCACUCCUCAGCAGAUGCAACAGAUCCUGUCUCCCCCUCAGCUCCAGGCCCUGCUGCAGCAACAGCAAGCUCUCAUGCUACAGCAGUUACAGGAGUACUACAAGAAGCAGCAGGAGCAGUUACAUCUCCAGCUUCUGACUCAGCAGCAGCAGCAGCAGCAGCAGCAGCAGCAACAGCAGGCCGGGAAGCAAGCUGCGAAAGAGCAGUUGGGCAGUAAGCAGCUGGCCUUCCAGCAGCAGCUGAUCCAGAUGCAGCAGCUUCAGCAGCAGCACAUCCUCAACCUCCAGAGACAAGGCCUGGUUCCCCUGCAGCCCACCGCCGCCAUGCAGUCUCUGCAGCAAGCGAUGUGUCCGUCAGACCUCCAGCAGCUCUGGAAGGAGGUAUCGGGCGUGCCGAGCAGCGAGGAGGCCCUGAAACAGGCCGAGGGCCUGGACUUGAGCACCAACAGCUCCAAUUCUACCUCAGCCUUCCCCAAAGCUCCCAGUGCUCACAUUCCACUGCACAGCCUGCCCAAUGGACAGAGCCACACCCCAAAGAGAGACAGAGCCAGACUGUUUGAGUGGAUAUCCUCCUUCACCAAGGCAGACAGCGGAGAUGACCAUGUACCACUUUACUCCAAAGGCAGUCAACCCCCCAGCAGCCAUCAUGAGGAGCACGCCGGCUCUCAUCCGCUCUACGGCCACGGGGAGUGCAAGUGGCCGGGCUGUGAAGCACUGUGUGAGGACAUGGGACAGUUCAUCAAGCACUUGAACAACGAGCACGCCCUCGACGACCGCAGCACCGCCCAGUGCCGAGUCCAGAUGCAGGUGGUCCAGCAGCUGGAGAUACAGUUGGCAAAAGAGAGCGAGCGACUCCAGGCCAUGAUGACCCACCUGCACAUGCGCCCCUCAGAGCCAAAGCCUUUUAACCAACCUCUGAACCUGGCUUCCAGUGGCUCUCUGCUAAAGCGGGACAGCGAGGCCUACCCAGAGGGCCUCCCCCACCCCCCCACCUCCGCCGCCACUCCCAUCACCCCGCUGCGCCAGGGACCCUCAGUCAUCAGCUCCUCCAGCCUGCACACACACUCCCACUCCCACACGCACGCCGUCGGGCCCAUACGUCGGCGCAACUCAGACAAGUACUGCACCCCCAUCGCCUCAGAGCUCGCUCAGAACUGUGAGUUCUACAAGAACGCUGAUGUCAGGCCUCCCUUUACCUACGCCUCUCUUAUACGUCAUGCCAUUUUGGAGUCCCCAGACAGACAGCUGACUCUUAAUGAGAUCUAUAACUGGUUUACAAGAAAGUUUGCCUAUUUCAGGAGAAACACAGCCACAUGGAAGAAUGCUGUGCGCCACAACCUGAGUCUGCACAAGUGUUUUGUACGUGUGGAGAACGUCAAGGGGGCCGUGUGGACUGUGGAUGAAGUUGAAUACCAAAAGAGGAGACCACCAAAGAUGACCGGAAGUCCCACCCUGGUGAAAAACAUGAUUUCAGGCCUGGGCUUUGGAUCCCUAAACGCCAGCUACCAGGCGGCCCUGGCAGAAAGCAGUCUGGCCCUGCUGAACAGCCCCCCCCUGGUGACCCCUCCGUCUGCAGCCAGCCUCAACAUGCUGCACGUGGGCCACGACGAUGUCAGCUCCACCGUGGAGCAGGUCAACAGCAACGGCAGCUGCAGCCCCACCCUCAGCCCUCAGCAGUACAGCCACCCGGUGCAUGUGAAGGAGGAGCCCACCGAGGUGGAGGAGGACAGUCGGCCGGUGUCCCUCCUGGCCGGGGUCACACACAGCCUGCCGUUGCCGAGCGACGAGCGCGACCUGGAGGAGGACCUUCCCACGGAGGAGCUGGAGUAAGACGGACCCGCGGCGGAGCGGAGAGGGCGGGACUUCCUGAGAUCGAACCCCGAUCCCUCUCGCCUGAGCAACGAGGAAAAGAUAGCAACAGUACACUUAAGAGAAAAGAGAGAAAAAAAAGAGAUUUUUUUGUUUUGUUCUGUUUAUUUGUUUGUUUUUGAGAAAAUACAAGCAAACUGAGGACGUUAUUGAGAAACUCCAAACAGGGUUAGAUGACCUUCGUUACUUUCAGAGGCAAAAACCAGACUGUGGAGCACUGCUUUACCUCCAUGUGUUGCUUUCUCAACACUUGGCUCAGAGGUGUAACACCACUUAAUGCAUACACACUCACACACAAACACACACACACACACAAACACACACGCACACACACAUGCACACACACGCAUCCAUCCACCUGUCAGACCAUGUCUCAUCGCCCUCCCUGGAAAGAUGGCGCUCUAUGUAGAGAUCCCUGAGAGGCGUGGACCUCCUCCCCCUCCCUCCCCCCCGGCACACAGCGCCCCCCUCUGUCCACCCGGGCCGCCUGGCUGGCCGCUUUAUCUCCACGUCGGUUGAGAAGACACACGCGUGUGUGCGCUGAAAAGAACAAGGCUGCCCUCAGACACACACGGGAUCAUGUGUACAUAGAUCGGGAGCAGUCGCCUGGGGCCGUGCGGUUUACCUCCCCCUCCUCCUCCUCCUCCUCCUCCCCCCCCCCCCCCCCCCUUUGCGUCAAUCACUUGCUUUUUCAUAUUCUUCGGUUCCGAUCGAGACGAAACUGUUCAAGGCGAGGAGACAGGAAGGAUGAGCGAGGCUGACCCGGGGAGGCGGCGAGGCCCCCCCCACUCUUCAGCCAGCAGCCACACACCUAGCGAGGGACACCUUUAAGACUUUUUUGCUUCUAAGUG